CUGAGUGCGGUGUCCCGGUCGCCUCAGGCUCUUCUGCUGCUCGAUCAUCAGGUCGGGGAGCAUUUUUCUCUUCGUUCUCGCCAUUUUAGUGGCCGCCCCCACAUUCAGGAUCUUCCCAAAUCUGUUCUUUUCUUUUGUGACUGUCUACGGAAUGUGUGAGGGCUGGUCGCGGCGGGGUCUCCCCUCUCCCCCCGUCUGCCCGCUGCCGACGUUCUCCUCUUUUCCAGAGCGUUUUCCAUGGUCACUUUGGCGCUGGGCGACGUCUUCUGACCAACUUUUGGUUUUCUUUGUCCUGACUUUGCAGGAUCGCCAAGUCCGUGCUUCAUCCCCCCCGGACCCCGCAGCAGCUGUUGGCAUUGCCUCCUUAACCCCUUCACGACCAGGAAACUGAACUUCAAGGGGAGACUCCUAUAGCCGAGACCCCACGACGCGCAGAUCCCCGGCGACCCAGAUACCGUUUCCUCCCAUCAGUGAUGAGAGAUUCAAACUUCAAGAAAGCAAAGAAGGAGAGACGGAAGAAUGUAAGAGAGGGGAGGGGGGAAGGAAGCCGAAAGUGAGAGACGGCCGAGGAGAGGGCAUGAAGACGGGCGAGACCUCAGCUGACGAGACCCAGCAGAAAGUGGUGCGCCAGUCAGAGGUCACGGGCACAGCUGACCCCUGCGGACUUCAGGCUGCACCCCGAGGUCUCUGGGAUGUCCUCACAGGAGACGUCUUAUGAGAUGAUUGAACUGAAGACCUUGAGUCCACGUGAUGAGCUGGAUGGUCUGGAUCUGACCAAGAACCCUAGAGGAGGACACCGCCUGGAGCGGACGAACGCGGUGCGGAUCCCCCCGGGCCGAGCGCCCCUCAUCCUACAGCGGAGCCUGCGGAGAAGGGUCGCACCAGGACAGGACGAUGCUCUGCCGCCAGGAAAAGUAGGGAAGGGCCAUUACUUCCAGCCGACGUCCCACACGCAGUACACCUGGUGCGACCUCUGCGGGGACUUCAUCUGGGGCAUCUACCGGAAGAGCCUGCGCUGUGCCUACUGCAGCUUCACGUGUCACUACCGGUGCCGCGCUCUCAUCCGGUUAGACUGCAGCAUAGGAGAAGACGCAGACAGCGACACAUCACAAGAUGCCACCUGGGAGAAAGACACUAAUGUGGUAAGAUCACCCUGCCGCCAUAUUACCAGGGCACUCUGGCGCCCCCCGACCACCUGGCCGUGCAGGGAACUACAGCCCUACAUAGGGGCCCCUUACUGAGACCCGCUUCUCCUUCCUAGUGCUGCCCUAACAGUCAUCUAAUUUAUGAAGAGGCGGGCCCCUGGCAGUCCAGGCCCCUGGCAGUCCGGGCCCCUGGAUGGUGUCAUUUUUCUUGCCAAUAUUUAUACCUAUUUACAGGCAAAAAUGUUAGUAAUUUGCGGAGGCUGGAGUCCUGCCCCCGACGCGCCCAACUGCCAAACAUGCUGGAAAACCGGCUGUGCGACUAAAUAUUGUUGCCGCCCGGUGAAAUCGGAGGCCGCUGACUAUUUUUUCGACUAAGGGCUCGUUCACACGACUGUUGGUGUCCUGUUCCCUUAUUGCGGACCGCAUUUGCAGAUCCGCAAUACACGGGCUCCGUUCCGUGUCAUUCUGCAUCACAGAUGUGGACCCAUUCAUUUCAAUGGGUCCGCAAAUCCGGAGAUGCGGAACGGAACCCCACAGAAGCAGUACGGAGUGGUUCCGUUCUGUUCCUCCGCACCGCAAAAAGAUAGAACUUGCUCUAUUUUUUUGCGGAACAGACGGAUCGCGGAGCCAUUGAAGUGAAUGAGUCUGCGAUCCCCAUGCGCCUGCCCCACGGAAGGUGCCCGUGCAGUGCGGGCCACAAUUUGCGGUUCACAGCACGGGCACGGGACACCAACAGCCGUGUGAACAAGCCCCUUAAGGAGUGCUGUGGCCCCUACAUUUCCAGGACUGGUGGGGCCCCUGCAGAUCCUAUGAUGGGCUGGGUGCCCACCCUGUGCAGCCAGGUAUGUUAACCCCUAAUGUCCCAGGGGAUCAGCAACCUCCGGCACUCCAGCUGUUCUGGACUACAACUCCCAGAAUCCUCCCCUCUAGGGGAGUUACAAGAAUAGCUGAGUAGGUGUGCAUGCUGGGAGUUGUGGUUUCACAGCGGCUGGAGCCCCACAGGUUGCCAGUCCCUGCCCUUAGCCGGCCCGAUCCUUCUCCGUGAUUCUGAUGAGAGUCAGGACGCGCCCAGACAUUUUACUGUAAAUGUGAAAAAACAAGGUCCCGCGGGGGCGGAGCAUGACACAUGGAUCCAGAGAGCCCCGCCCACACUGUAUCAGUUUUCCUGGGGGACUUCUUUACUAUUUCCAGCCUCUUUCCGCCGCUAUGUCAAGUCUAUAGUGGGAGAUAAGCGGCCGGCGCCCCUCCCCCGUCAGUCCGUUCUUUGUGAAUGUUAGCGUGGGGAGCGUUCUCUGUGCGGUCACAUGACCCCGUGGAUAAUUCUAAUUUCCCGCCGUUUCCUCUCCCCUUUGAGUACUGAAUUUUUUUGUGAGGCUUUGCUUUGACUCCAUUUGUUUAGUCAGCGACAAAUGGCGGUUGCGGCGUCUCGUAUACAGCAGCGGUUAUCACGUACGGGCUGUACAGGGCGCCAUGUGUCCGAGUAAUGGCUGCGGAUCGGGUUACAGCGCGCGGGGGGGGGGGCGACAACCAGGAACUAUUAAAAGCAGGAUGUUCUGACAUCUGGCAGCCCCCCCCCCAGGAUAUGUGGUCAUGUGACCGGGGGCAACACAAAGAACAAAGAUUAGGAUGAUCAGAUCUGAGCGGCGGGGCAGGAAGGGGUUAAUGACCAGGGGGGGCAUCAGAUGUCAUGUGCACCAUCACAGGGUUCCCCUUGCGUUCUCCCCCCAGCCCUGACUGACCUAUGAAUAGAAUGCGAGGACAGCAGUGAAGACUGACACAGGCAGAGCCACUGCCUGAUAACGCCAACAAGUUUCAGCAAAUGUGUCAUUUUCAAACCUUGAGGGAGUGGGCGUGGUUUGACAGGAGGGGGCGUGUCCUAAAUAUUUUAGAGUACGGGCACAGAGCGGCCGUGGUGCGGCGGAGUACCGGGCAAAACGGAUCAGAACCGCAUGGUCUAUUUAAUGGUCAUGCAGUAAACGGAUAAUUAGCCGGAUGUGAAAACCGCGCCAAUCCGCAAGUGUGAACACGGCCGGACACAUCAGCGGCUCGACUCUCUGCGGUCCUGGCGGUGGAUACAUUGUGUACAGUCCAGAGGUUACAAUGUAUCAGUCUGGAGUCCGAACAUUGAGGAUUGUCAGCGGCUCCGCGGAGACGCGGUCCGCCUCGACAGAAGUGGCGCGAGACUUCGGUUAGUUUGUAGUCACAUCUGCGCAUUUAAAAAUAGGAAUCCGAGGUUGGGCUUUGGUGCUCGCCGCUACCUCCGAUCCCUGCUUUAAAUAGUUUUUCAAUAUGAAUUCAGCAGGAAUCCACCGAACUAUUGCGCGAAUUCGGGCGAGACGAACUUUGGCUCCACGGAGCCCAUACAUUUUAAUGCAUACAAGCACACGAACGUUGUUUGUUUCCGUGUCCGUUCCGUUUUUUUUCGAGAUAGGAUGUGA